CCUCCGAUCUGGCCGUGUAUAGAUGAAGAACUAACGGUUACCGUAACUGCCCCGAUUUGGCUGUGUAUAGAUAAAGAACUAACGGUUACCGUAACUGCCCCGAUUUGGCUGUGUAUAGAUAAAGAACUAACGGUUACCAUAACUGCCCCGAUUUGGCUGUGUAUGGAUAAAGAACUAACGGUUACCGUAACUGCCCCGAUUUGGCUGUGUAUAGAUAAAGAACUAACGGUUGCUGUAUUUGAUUAUCACCGUGUUUAUAUUUAGCACAUGCCACAAUCAGAAUCAGAUAUUUAUUCAGUUUUGGCAUCCCAUACAAUACGUCACCCUGACCUCCUUUGGAGUUAUUGAAGGACACAGUAGGCAAUCUGUAGAUCUGUCAUCAACACCUACAGCAAAAUGGCCGCCAACCCGAAGAUCUGCAUCGUGGGUGCAGGAGCGAUUGGCCUCUCCACAGGCGUCCGAAUCCAGGAGAUCAUACCUCGUGCCCAGGUGACCAUCAUCGCCGACAAAUUCUCACCCGAUUGCGUCAGUAACGUUGCAGCAGGGUACCUGCGGAUGCCAGAGUUCGAGGGGCAUCCCGACUCGGAGGCGAAAAGAAAAUGGAGCGAGAUGACUUGGGAGCACAUCCAGUCCUACUACACAACACCGGAGGGCAAGAACUUUGGCAUGGAACUAAUCACAGGGUUUAGGCUCAACGAGAAAAUGCCGGAAAACCAAACUGAAUAUCACGCGUUUCGAGAAAUGACGGCCAAAGAAAAACUGCUGUUCCCGACUUACGACAAGGGAUUCGUACAGACGACGUUUCUACUCGAGGGCGGAAAAUAUCUCCCGUGGCUGACCAAAAAGUUUGCAUCACACGGCGGAAAACUACAAGUCAUCACCAACAAGCUGAAGAGUCUUCAAGACAUUAAAGGAGACUAUGAUGUUAUCGUGAACUGCUCGGGGGGUGGUGCCAAGGAACUCGUAAAUGACGACACAGUCACACCGAUACGUGGACAGAUAGAACUUGUCAAAGCACCAUGGCUCAAACAUUUUAUAUUCGACACUAUGAAUAAUAUCUACAUGUUUCCAUGCCAAGACCACAUAGUCGUUGGCGGCACUUAUCAAAUCUGGCCAGAAGUGACGACGCCCAACCCCAGGAAGAUCGACCGCGAUAAAAUUCUCUCGAGGGCAGCCAGGGUGUUCCCUGCGAUAAAGGAUGCUGAGGUGGUGGGGGAAAAGGUUGGCUUCCGGCCACACAGACCAAGUGUAAGGCUAGAGAGUGAUGUCCUGCACAAGGGAUCCAAACAGAUACCAGUCAUUCAUAACUAUGGCCACGGAGCGUACGGUAUAAUCCUGCACUGGGGAUGUGCAGUGGACGCCGCCAAGCUCGUAGCAGACUCGCUCGGGUUGCCCUUCACAGCGAAAUUAUGAUACCAUGUUUCGGAUUCGAAAAAUGGACUGUGAUAACGACAUUUACCUCGUUUCUGGAGAGAGAUUGUCUGAAUUCAUGGAGAGAAUUUUCAAGAGAGUUUUGAAGGAGGUGCUAGACACAUUCUUGGAACUUCAAUGUAAUUGGACAAAAAAGUGUGUAAAAAAAACAAAAAAAACUUUUCAUAGGCCUAGUAUAUCAAACUCUUAAGACAGCCCCAUAUCAAAGGUGGCUCUAGCUACAUUUUAAUAUAUGUACUGGAGAUUUCAGGUAUCUACUAAAAUAAAAACAAUUGAUAAAGACGGAAUGUUUAAACCUAAAGACACUUCUGCAAAGCUAUUUUGCAAAAAAGGCGUCGAGGAAAAUUUGAGUAUCGCCUGUACCCAGAUGCAAAGAAGUGCCUUAUUAAUACUGUAUGUGUGAGAGAUAGAUAGCAAGCAAUAAACAAAUAGA